UCUACCGGAAUGGAGACCAAAAUCAAGGUCUCUAUUAAUGGCUCAUGUUGACAGUAAUCAGUAAACAAAUCCAAAAUACAUAUUCUUAUUAGAAACUGAAUCGUUGUUUACGAUAAAAUGUUUUGAAGCUAGAAUAUAUUACAUGCACAUAAAGUGGAUAUCUACUAAAGUGUAGAAUAAUCCCUGAGCCCUGACAGAAUGUUAAAUCAAAACAGUGACACUCAAAAUAAAAACUGAUACAAUACUUGUGGUGAUUAUGAAAACUUUACAAGCUCAUAUUUAAUUCCAAGCCAACUCUUACAAAAAAAUAAACAGCCAAUAUAAUCAACUUAACAGGUGUAAACUCACAUAAAUAAUUUGCUAAAGAAAUGGCAGACAGUGCCAGUGAGCUAGAGAGUGAUACCAGCUCUAUUGAUGGAGGACCAACAUUUAGCAUGAAGUCCCCCUCUCCAGCUCAAGCUGAACAGCUGAAUAAACGAAUUGAGUCACUGCAGCAAGAAAACAGGGUCCUUAAAAUGGAGCUUGAUACUUACAAGCUGAAGUGUAAAUCCUUACAAGAAGAAAACCGGGAGUUAAGGAGAGCAAGUGUUUCCAUUCAAGCCAAAGCAGAGCAAGAGGAAGAAUUUAUUAGCAAUACAUUGCUUAAAAAAAUUCAGUCCUUGAAAAAAGAAAAAGAAAUGUUGGCUAUGAAUUAUGAACAAGAAGAAGAAUAUCUGACAAAUGACCUUUCACGUAAAUUGUAUCAGCUGCGCCAAGAAAAAAUUGAACUUGAAGAGACACUGGAAAAGGAACAAGAAUGCCAAAUUAAUAAACUAAUGAGGAAAAUUGAAAAACUUGAGGCUGAUACUUAUAACAAACAGCAGACACUUGAACAGCUUCGAAGGGAGAAAGUAGAACUAGAGAAUUCUCUUGAACAAGAACAGGAGUCCCUUGUAAACAGAUUGUGGAAAAGAAUGGAUAAAUUAGAAGCUGAGAAAAGACUACUCCAAGAAAAACUAGAUCAACCUGUCUCAGCCCCACCAAGCCCUCGUGAUAUAAAUAAUGGGGACACAGCAUCCAACCUGGUGCAACACAUUGACAGUUUGAGGUCCGAGGUCACCCGACUUAAAGAUCAGCUUAGAAAUGCACAGAUAGAACAUGCAGAAAAAAUGGCACAGUAUGCACAGGAAGAGAGACAUAUCAGAGAGGAAAACUUGCGGCUGCAGCGCAGACUACAAUUAGAAAUGGAAAGACGAGAGAAUUUGUGUCGCCAUUUGUCAGAAUCUGAGUCUAGUUUGGAGAUGGAUGAUGAACGACACUUCAAUGAAAUUGCCAAACAUCACGAGGCAACUUCCAGUAGUCAUAAUGUAAGACCUCGAACAGUUUCAAGUCCAAUUCCAUACAAUACCAGUGCUCCCAGGUCUAUCUCACCAAGUUUAACCUACGUUGCAGCAAAAAGUCCACCCAGUCCCAUGAGACGCCCUCAGUCAGGACAGCCAUUCCAUCCACCUCCCCAGCCUCCCAACAUGCCCCACAGCCACCCUUAUGCUCCAGCUCCUCACCACCCUAGUGCCUUUGUUGGUCCAGGUACCUCCCCACCUGUAUUUGGUGGCGGCUUCAACGCUAAUUCUGGCAUUCAGAAACCUAGAGUGUAUGGUGACAAAUUUGCUAAGCCCAGUGGAUUCCAUGGUGAUAAGAAUGAGAAGACAUAAAAAGAAAUGGCUAACUGAUUGAUUUAUCUGUGAUGGCUAAGGUGUCUUGUCAUUAAUGCAUCUGGGUUUAAGGAUGGGGCAUCUGGAAUGUGAUGCUCUUAAGCUGUACAUUUUAUACUGAAUUUGUCUUCAAAUUUUGCACAGUGCCUCUCUAGAAUGCUGGCUGUACUUUAAUACAUUUUGCUACUCAUCAUGUAGCACCUUGCAGUUAUUCAUUAGUGAAAACUCUAACACUGAGGGUAUUUAGUAAAAAUACAUGUUUUUUCUUAUUAUUCAGUAUUCUAAUACAAAUAGUUCUUAUUUGUGACUUAGAAUUUACAUACCAGUAGUCAAAAGAGGAUACAUGUAUGGGUGAUCUCAAAAGUUGAGUCAUGAUGGUAACUGCUUGUGACCUGUGCAUUAAAUAAUGUCUGCUUAUUCAGUAUUGUCAUGUAGAUUUUACAGACAUACAUAGUGUUGUAUGCUUUAUGUUUUUAAUUUUGAUUAAGUAACGCAGUGAUAUUUUUUUCUGUAAAGCUAGCAUGUAACUUUGACUAAAUUCCAUUGUCCUUCGAGUAUUUCAAAAAAAAAAUUGAGCUUCUAUUUGUUUGUAUUCCAUUUGUUUUAUCUUACAACAGCAGUGUUUUUUUAGAUGCCUAUCUAUAAAUUAAUGUUGAGAAAUAAGUGCUGUAUUUUUAUAAUGUUGUAAAACAUAUCUCUUCAUUGUUUAAGUCUUGCAAAUUCUUAAUCAGCAUUUAAUGUCUAUGCUUAUCAAAUCAUUAUGCCUUCAUCAAAGCAAAAUUUCUAUUAAGUUGACAUUUUUUUUGCUGUAACUACAGCUUGUUGUCUUUGAAAAUAAUCAUAUAACUUUGGUAUUUUAUUUUCAACAGCUUCAGUUAAUUCAGUGAUUAGUAGAUAUGUAUACAACAUGGUUAAUAAGUUAAAGUUUUCGUGAAAUUUAAAUAGAAUCUGAAUCAUAAGUAUUAUUUCAUCCAGACCGAAUUGAUGUAGUUCACAGUUAAUCACAAAUGAUUUUGUAAAUUACAUUGAUGCCAUUUUUUUAAAUUCAGAAAAAAUAGAAUUGUUCAUUAUUAUUAAAUUUUAAAACUUGUAUUAAAAGCUAUUUCCAAUACAGUUUAUAUUGUUUUAUUUUAGAAGCUUGAAUGUGAAUGACCACACCUAUGAAAAGUUAAGGAUUAGUUAUGAAGCUCUUAGAUAUAACUAAACUAGUUUUGGGGUUGAAAUCCAAUAAGUUAAUACUAAAAUAAUUCUAAAGAUGCUUUUGUUGUGGGAUACUUUGAGAUGAGAUAAUGAUAAGGCUUAAAAGAUUUAAUUGGGUACAUUUAAGAUGAGUAAAUGGGAAUUCUAAACAGGUUCUCUCUUCCCCCCCCAAUCAACCAUAGUGCUGUGAACACUGAAUUUUAUUAUGAUUAAGUUUUAAAAAAUUGUUUUUGGGUGUUCAUUUCAUUAUUUCCUCUUAUUCAUUUAAAUAAAAAUGUUUUUACUGUGAGACACUAAUUUUUUUUAGAAAUACUUUACAUAUAUUAUGACUAUAUUUUCCACAUCUUACUUUUCAAAUUGUAAUACAACAAAGUGCAAUGUUUUUAAUCCACAUUAACUAAAUUUAGUUUGGAGAAAGUUUCAGUGUUUUAUAAGCAAACAAUUUUUUAGUCAGCCUGGGUUGAGUUUUAAAUACUCUUUUAGACUUAAAAUAUUCUAGUCUUAGUUCAUUGGUUUAUAGAACAAACUGUAUUAAAAUUUCACAUUUGAUUUAUGUUUUGUUGAUGUUUUCUUAAUUGUAGUGUGGUUUGUUUCCUUGUACUUGUUUUUUUUUAGUGUGAAAUAUUGUUUUUAUAAUCCUUUCUGAAUUAUACAUUUGGACUUUAUUAUGAUUAUUUUAUUUGAAUAAUUGGUCCAGUAAGAUAAGUAUAUUAAUUAUUACCCAAUUGCUUUUUGAAUAUGUUAAUUGUGAUGUUUGGCUAGUUUCUUUAAUUGCUUUAUUUUAAAUGUCAAUAUUUGUAAAUAGUGUUGUUUCCUGUUGAAACUGAUGGUAUGUUUCUACCAAAAUUUUGAGGUACAGGUAAUUUCUCUCAGCUCACGUGCUUUUCUUGGCUCCUUUUUUCAGUAAAGAGAAUUUACUAUUUGCUGACUUCAAAUUAUUUAAAACAUCAAAAUCUUUGUCAAUACGAUGAUAAAAAUGGUAGUUGUACAAACAGUUAUAGCAACAUAUCAUAAAUAUUUUUAUUUAGAUUAUAUAAGUUGCAGUCUUGGGUCUUAAAUCUGUUUACUGUUAAAAAAUAUAUCAGGAAGUAAGCCCUUAUUGCCAUGUUUAAUAUAGGCUUAUCAGUUUUUAUCUAUUAAAUAUAUUGUGCUAAAGUACAGUCAUAACAAAUAGUUAACAGUAGUAAUUGUUAUGAAUUAUAUAGUUAAAUUUGCUAAUGUCUGACAAGUUUAAAUUGUUUCAAAAUUCACGAAUUUAACUUUCAUUAGCAUUGAAUAUUUGUUGCUGUAGUGUUUGACAAAUUUAUAUGUUUAUUAAACAUACACAGAAAUAAGCGUAGAUAUUUCCAGUUACAUAACAGCUAUAAAGCAGGUUUAAAACAAGUGUUAUUUUUUAGUUUCCCGAGUAUAAAGACAUGAUGUUAGAUUGAGAAGGCAAGUCUCACCACAGGAGCUUAUGGCACAGACAGCACAAUUGUGUUAGCCUUUACAACUGUCACCUGUGAUAACACAUCAUUCUGGUGUCCUUAAUUUUCUUGGUCUGCUGUUUGUCAAAUGAUUCCAAGUGCAAAAAUUACCUAACCAAUGUUCCAAAGAUGUUUAAAAAUUCUUUCUAAGAAGCCCAAAUAGUUUUUAGUUAAAUAAAUUUUAUUUCCUGUUACACUGGAGUUAAUUAACAAGUGAUGGAUGUUUUAACUAAUGCUCAUUCCCCCAAUGUUUCAUAAUCGGUUUUCCAAUCACGAUUAAUUGUGGACUUUUCUUAGAUAUUCUUAAAUCGAACUUUUUGUGUAAUGGGGUGUGACCAAAUUACAUAAAAUAGAAACUUAGCUGUUAGUAUAUUAUUUACCCAAUGCUCCAUCUAUUGUAUAUAUAACUAAUUACUUUUAUUUCCAUCCAGAAAAUAUUUCUGUUGUUGCUUUUUUGUACAAAAUUUUGUUUUGUUU